CACCAUCGCAGUGCGGCCUGCGAUGCGCCGUCUCUUUCUCUCCUUACUCUCUACAAUCUCUCGUGCGCAACCCGUCUUGUCCUCAAGGCAAUUACUUCUUUCCCCGCAAGACUUAGGCAUGGCUUUGUGCUCGCCCUAAAGGUCCAGCUCACCGCAUCGCUGCUCCGCCGUCAGCCGCACGCUGCUCUCACAGCGACUCAGCCCCAGCGCGGCCUCAUCUGAGGUCACGAAGUUUACCCAUUGCGACGAUUUGAAUCUUCCCAUCGCUCUCUUGUAUCCCGCCCUCAUGGAGCCAUAAAGGCGUCCCUUCUUUUGGUUAUGGCAAACAUUAUACCUUCGCACUUGGAACUUUCAGAGCGGCAGUUUAGCCGAUCUGGUCCAAAUGGCAGCCUCGACUUUGCCGGUCAGCCUCUUGACCGGUCGGCUUCGAGCGACUCCUAUCACUUCAUCUGGAGUCAAUUUUCGCCCCAAAAUAUGCCCUUGGAGUUAAAUCCAACUGACGGCGCUCUGUGUGACAAUGCUUUUGACUUUACUUCCACCGAUCUCGUGUCUGCUGCUCAGAUGAACAACCAGUUCGUCCACACGGGCGACUUUCCUAACCACACGUUCAUGGCGACUGCGUCACACUCUUUCUCAGGCAGCAACAUGUCGUUUGAGCAAUCGCAGCAUGAUUUGGCCUUGCCCUUGGGUCAGACUACCCAAGCGAGCGUCCCACCACACGUUGGUCAGCUCCCACGCAACGACAUCGGAAGCAUGACAACCACUGGAACAUAUCACAACCAGCCGUGGAUCAAUGGACCGAACGUCAAGUAUGAGCUUCCAGCAGAAGAAGAUGCUCUCUCCGUUCCCCCUCUGUCAACGCAGCCAUCCAGUGCAACUUGGUCCCUCGAAGCCCCCCAUCGCUUCGCUGGUUCAUCCUUUGCGCAAAACUCAGCUUGGAAUUCACACGCAGCCUCGAAUGCGCUGAAUUCAAUUGCUGCUUCUUAUGCUCCCUCAGUUCUAUCCCAUGAUUCCUCACCUCAUGUAGAAGGCAUCACCACACCGGACUCUAGCCGAAGUCCAAUGUUCUCUCAAGCUGUCCCGUCUUCGUCGUCUGCAAGCAGCAGUGGUGCCGCCGACCAUCGAAAUCACCUCUAUAAUCAGACGUUCGAUCAAACACCAAGGCUGAUACAAACCGCGUUUGUGAAUACUGAAUAUGUCAAUCAGGAUUACAACAUUAGUCCCCAGAGUCUUUUUAUCGAUCCCUCAGCUGCAAUACAGCAACUUGGUCGCGAUCCGAGCCACUCCCCUAUGUCUGAAUAUGAGAUUAUUGAUAAGUCAGAAGCGGUAUCUACAGCGUACGGAGACGACAACCGAGCAAUCCAGUCAACACUUCCAAAGGAAGAAAAACUGAGCGCGAAGCGAUCUCGAGCACCAACUUCAAACAAGAUGCGACAGGAUCCCGAUAAUUUCGUCUCUGAAUAUCCUAACGCCAGUGGCGUCAUUAGACGUCAGCUAAGCAGCGGUGCUGGAAAGCAACGCGAAGGGAAGCGUGUCGGCGGCCGGUCCGUUGGCAUGCACCUCAGUAGUGAGGUCGCUGCUCGCGCGAAGCAGCUUAGAGACGAAGGCUCUUGCUGGGUCUGCUGUUUUCAGCGUGAUUCUUGCUCACCGGGUCUUAUCUGUGACCGUUGUCAGAAGCGACACCAGCGUGCGCAAAUGGAACAUGGUCUUGGCUGCGAUCGCACCAAGCUCAACGAUCUUCGGCCCUAUUUCAUUCCAGAUUUCCUUGCUCGAAGCGGCGAUCAAAAAGUUCUGAAGGAGUUCAUGCAAAACCACGUCCGACGCUGGCGACGUGAGCCUAUCAAGAUUCGGAUCAACAUAAUCUGGGGCCAAGCCCCGAUGGAGCUCGAGCUCUGCGAGUUCGAACCCAAGACGGCCGAGCUUGUGCGACAUCUCCAAGGCGUGCUCGAUGAAAGGACAGGCAAGCGGGAGUGGGUUAACAAAGGCAGUCCACCGCUCGCCAUGCUUGCUAUUGAGCAAGAAGAUCGUCAUGCUUAUGAGAGAUUCAUCGACAAUAUCGUCGACAAUCCCGUGAAUCUGCAAAGGUUCGUUGAACGCUGCUACAAGUUCGAGAAGGACGAUUUCCAGUCGCGUCUUUUCCGUCUCAUCUUCGAGUACCAGCCCGCACAGCGAGACGAAAAAAACCUCCGAAGAGAAAUAAUGCGGCUGCAAGUAAUUACCUAUAUCUACUCACGAGCAUCCACCAUCGUUAACAGCGACCUGCAUCUUCUUUCUACUUUGCGUUACACUGCUGCCAAUGGUGUUACAUAUGGCAAAGCUACCACUGCACGUCUAGCCAAUCGUCAACUCAAAUAUCUGUACACGUCAUUGUGGAUACAAAGCAUGGAGAACGUGCUCAAGAAGCUCCAGCAGGUCCUACGCUCAUCUCGUGGCGGCGCCAAAUGGAGCUCUGCAUUCGUCGCGGUCCUUGGACUUGGCAUGGCGUUUGAAACAAUUCAGAUUACUGCCCAUACUUAUCAAGAAGCCGAUCAACUCAUGGGCAACUCUACUUCUUGGGAAGCAAGGGAGCGUGCUGAGCAUGCCUGCCGUAUUAUCGACGAGAAGUUUUUCUUUCUUGCAACACUCUUCAGGUGGAAGUAUCAUCGUGGCUUUAACCCUUUUAGAAAUAUUCGUGAUCAAAAAGUGCACGAAGAUCUUGGUCCAAAUGCAUUGCAGUUAGUUCAGGGUGUUUAUGAACUCGUCCAGGAAAAGUCCGAAUAUCUUGUUUUCAGGGAGCAAGUUGCUAUCCUCAACGAGAACAAGGACAGGUACACGUCAAGACUAGUUGCUAAAUUCCUCUUGGCAUUCUGGAAACCAGUCGCUUGAUACCCAUCGAAAUGGUGACACAGGAAUGUUUCGGAUGGUCUGCGUCGAAAUUAAUAGCAUCUUAAUGAUGAAAUGAGAUCAUGACAUGUUCAGAAAAAAAGUAGAGUCUUCUUCAUAACAUGGCAUUUCGCGUGCGUGCCAGUGUACCUCCAUCCUGUAAUCAGUUCAGUCAUGAUAAUAAAAUCUGGAAGUUUUACACA